CUGUCAACUAAGUGUACAUUUGAUGACCAGGUAGUUUUUCUGCAGUGAUUGAAAGAAGAUGACGGUGACUUAUUCCAGCAAAGUAGCCAACGCCACGUUCUUCGGUUUCCAUAGACUUCUACUGCGAUGGAGAGGCAGCAUCUAUAAGCUGCUUUAUCGGGAGUUUAUAGUCUUUGUACUUUUAUAUACCCUGGUGAGCCUCGUUUACAGGUACGCAUAAUAUUAAAGCUAUUAAGGGGUUUUCUUUUUUUUAUGUUAUUUGUUUAUGUAUAAUCUAUAACAUGAUGUAUUGUAUGUUUAUAAUCUGUUUAUAACUGUGAUGUGAAUACAAAUGAAGGUGUAAUAUGAGCCUUUGAUUUGACUUUGUGUGAUGGGUCUGUAAUUGAUUCGUAUCGCUGUGAUAUAUCAAUAAUUGCAUGUGAACAAAUCUCUAAUGUUCCUUCAUUAAUUAACAUAUCUAUCUAUCUAUCUAUCUAUCUAUCUAUCUAUCUUUCUAGACUUGCUCUCUCAGACCCUGAAAAGCGUUUCUUUGAAAAGUUGGCUAUUCACUGUAACAAGUAUGCUGAACAGAUCCCAGUCACGUUUGUGCUUGGUAAGUCAGGACAAACAAUGCUGAUUGACGUGCGUGCGUGCUUGCUGAGCAGUUGAUAGUCCACAUAGCGUAUAAACACUAUGAGCUACCAGCUCUGUGCUGAGAUGAGAAUGCCUAUUGCUACCUGAGUACUGUAUGGUGCUGUCCAGAUGUGCUGAAAGUGCUUUACAAUUUUAAGUGGGAAAUUCACCUCAUCCACAACCCCAUGUGUAGCUUGCCUGGCUACCCGAACUCUUCGCUCCAGCCAAACGCUACGCCACGCCCACUGACGUUAGUUUCCUCUCCCCAAUGACGUAGCGAACAAGAAUUCAGUUUGAGUCGUCAGGUAAAUGUGUAGCACCCACCCACCUGUAUCAGCCAUCUAAAAACGGAAAUGACAACAGUGCAAUACUAGACUUGCCACUGCCCUCACUGUCCUCUCUCUCUCUCUCUUUCUCGAUCACCACACACACACACACACACACACACACACACACACACACACACACACACACACACACACACACACACACACACACACACACACUGCAACAACUGUCUGACUUGCUUUCUACUAUCCAACCAAAUUAACCCAACUAAUCCUCAACAGUGCCAGGCAACAGACUAAUGAUAGUGAUUUUUCAACAGAAGCUCUCAGACAUACACUGUUUCCAGUGGGGGAAAUUAACUGGUGAUUGAGUUAAUGGAAGGAAAUCAUUAGGAGUCGACCCAAAGCAGGGAAAGUGGGACAUUGUUGGGUUUGUUGGUUUGCGUGGGUGCUAGAGUGCUUUGCAUGGCAUAUCAGAUUGUUGCUUAAUGUUGUGUUUCUGUGUGAAUUGCACAAAGUGGCUUUCAUGACAUUUACAUAUCUCAGUUUAUGUCAAUAAAAUAUUGGUAAGGACUGGGAUGAAGUUGCCCUAGACAAUGAUCUAGGGUCAAUUUUGUGUGUUGAGCUUGAGGCUCAAAUGUAGCCUCAAAAGUACUGCACUAUGUAGGAAAUGAAAUGCCAUUUCAGAAGCAGCCCUUCUCAACCCAAACCUCAUCCUUGGUUUCUACUGUAGGCAUACCUGACAAAAUACUGUUUAGACUUACUGUAGAUCAGUGCUUUCCAACCCUGUUCCUGGAGAGCUACCGUCCUGUAGGUUUUCACAGGAUUGGAGUUAAAACCUCUCUCCAGGAACAAGGUUGGAGUUAAAACCUACAGGAGGGUAUCACUCCAGGAACAGGGUUGGAGUUAAAACCUACAGGAGGGUUAUCUCUCCAGGAACAAGGUUGGAGUUAAAACCUACAGGAGGUUAUCUCUCCAGGAACAGGGUUGGAGUUAAAACCUACAGGAGGGUUAUCUCUCCAGGAACAAGGUUGGAGUUAAAACCUACACGAGGGUUAUCUCUCCAGGAACAGGGUUGGAGUUAAAACCUACAGGAGGGUUAUCUCUCCAGGAACAGGGUUGGAGUUAAAACCUACAGGAGGGUUAUCUCUCCAGGAACAGGGUUGGAGUUAAAACCUACAGGAGGGUUAUCUCUCCAGGAACAAGGUUGGAGUUAAAACCUACAGGAGGGUUAUCUCUCCAGGAACAAGGUUGGAGAGCCCUGUUGUAGAUGAUCUUGAUAUCUCCUCCUAUCCUCAUCUUCCUCCUCCCUUGCAGGUUUCUAUGUGACCCUGGUGGUGAACCGCUGGUGGAACCAGUUUGUGAAUCUGCCUUGGCCCGACCGUCUCAUGUUCCUGGUCUCCAGCUGUGUUCACGGUCACGAUGAGCAGGGUCGCCUCCUCCGACGCACACUGAUGCGCUACGUCAACCUCACCUCGCUGCUCAUCUUCCGUUCCGUCAGCACCGCCGUCUGUAAGAGGUUCCCCACCAUGGAGCAUGUGGUGGAGGCAGGUACGACCCCCAAGGGAAUAAUGGAAUGCAAAUAGAUGGGGUCAUGGGUAAAAAAAAUCAUAUUGACAGAUAGACGCUGUACAUAACGUCAUGGACCAAGUGGUGGAAGCAGGUACCUCAAUGACCUCCACUUGGCCUUACCUGACCCCAAUAGAAUACACAUAGGUGGGGUCAAAGGUCGACCAGGUUUGGUUUACGGGUUUGAUUCAGAUCAAGAGUGUUCUCUCAACCUUCAGUUUGAAACGAUAUUUGGUGACUUCCAUGCUUUUCCCAUAUUUUCCAUAAAUGUUUAAUUGGUAAAGAGGAUGCUUGACAUGUGAGAGUUCAACAAGGAUGUGUAACUGGACCUUCAAGGCCCAUAGCUCUUUUCAUUUGCUUCUUCAGUUUCCUUUGACUACCCAGAAUCAGCCAAAUCAUUAUGAUUCAGUGAUUCAAUUAGACCUAAUAAAAGCCUUGUUUCCUCUAACCCUUAUGAUUCUCCUAGUACUGCUGUAUCCAUUACACACUUACACCUCUCCAUCCUCUCCAUCCUCCUCUCCAUCCUCUCCAUCCUCCUCUCCAUCCUCCUCUCCAUCCUCCUCCCCAUCCUCCUCUCCAUCCUCCUCUCCAUCCUCCUCCCCAUCCUCCUCUCCAUCCUCCUCUCCAUCCUCCUUCCCCUCCUCCCCCUCCUCCUCUUCCCUCUCCUCCUCCUCCUCCUCCUCCUCCUCCUCCUCCUCCUCCUCCUCCUCCUCCUCCUCCUCAUCCUCCCUCUCUUCCUCCUCCCCCUCCUCCUCCUUCUCCUCCUCCUCCUCCCUCUCUUCCUCCCCCUCCUCCUCCUUCUCCUCCUCUCUGCAGGCUUCAUGACUCCAGAAGAGAGGAAGAUCUUUGAUGCUGUCAAGUCUCCCCACCUCAAGUACUGGAUCCCUGUGGUGUGGUUUACUAACAUGGCAUCCAAGGCUAGGACGGAGGGGCGCAUAAAGGACAGUGUGGACCUGCAGACCAUCCUCAACGUGAGUAUGGCAGUAGCUUCAACAGGUAUAGAUAGAUAUAGUAUACCUGCCACAGGAAACAGAGGAGACAUUUUGGCUCUGAAUCCUGUGUUCUGCAGAGGUUGUAGACUGGACCAUGUGGACCUCCAGACCAUCCUCAACGUGAGUAUGGCAGUUACCUGAGCAAAGCAGAGAUAUACCAGUAAAGAGAGGAAACACAGAGUCUAUUCCGGCUCUAAAUAGAGGAGAUUGACUCCAUUUUGGCCCUGAAUCAUGGGAGACACAGGGGACACAUCCAGGAUAGCAUGGACCUGCAGACCACACUCAAUGUAUGACAGCAGUAUGACAGUAGCUUGACAGUAGCUUGCCAGUCCAAAAUCAACCCCUAUCUAACCCUUUGAUGUUAGCACAUCUGUAAGGAGUACACAAUAUGAUGGGAGCUCUACCACUAAGAUGGUUAUACCGACCUUUCAGAUCUACUAACGUUAGACAGAUAGGGCCAAGGGGAAGGGGAAGGGAGCAAUUUGGGACCGGGACAUACCCGUCACAGUAAACAGGACCGGGACAUACCUGUCACAGUAAACAGGACCGGGACAUACCCGUCACAGUAAACAGGACCGGGACAUACCCGUCACAGUCAACAGGACCGGGACAUACCCGUCACGGUAAACAGGACCGGGACAUACCCGUCACAGUAAACAGGACCGGGACAUACCCGUCACAGUAAACAGGACCGGGACAUACCCGUCACGGUAAACAGACCGGGACAUACCCGUCACAGUAAACAGGACCGGGACAUACCCGUCACAGUAAACAGGACCGGGACAUACCCGUCACAGUCAACAGGACCGGGACAUACCCGUCACGGUAAACAGGACCGGGACAUACCCGUCACAGUAAACAGGACCGGGACAUACCCGUCACAGUAAACAGGACCGGGACAUACCCGUCACAGUAAACAGGACCGGGACAUACCCGUCACAGUAAACAGGACCGGGACAUACCCGUCACGUAACAGAACCGGGACAUACCCGUCACAGUAAACAGGACCGGGACAAUACCCGUCACAGUAACAGGACCGGUGACAUACCCGUCACAGUAAACAGGACCGGGACAUACCCGUCACAGUAAACAGGACCGGGACAUACCCGUCACAGUAAACAGGACCGGGACAUACCCGUCACAGUAAACAGGACCGGGACAUACCCGUCACAGUAACAGGACCGGGACAUACCCGUCACAGUAAACAGGACCGGGACAUACCCUCACAGUAAACAGGACCGGGACAUACCCGUCACAGUAAACAGGACCGGACAUACCCGUCACAGUAAACAGGACCGGGACAUAACCCGUCACAGUAAACAGGACCGGGACAUACCCGUCACAGUAAACAGGACCGGGACUACCCGUCACGUAAACAGGACCGGACAUCCCGUCACAGUAAACAGCCGGGACAUACCCGUCACGGUAAAAAGGACCGGGACAUACCCGUCACAGUAAACAGGACCGGACAUACCCGUCACAGUAAACAAGACCGGGACAUACCCCCUCACAGUCAACAGGACCGGGACAUACCCGUCACAGUCAACAGGACCGGGACAUACCCGUCACAGUAAACAGGACCGGGACAUACCCGUCACAGUAAACAGGACCGGGACAUACCCGUCACGGUAAACAGGACCGGGACAUACUCGUCACGGUAAACAGGACCGGGACAUACCCGUCACAGUAAACAGGACCGGGACAUACCCGUCACAGUAAACAGGACCGGGACAUACCCGUCACAGUAAACAGGACCGGGACAUACCCGUCACAGUAAACAGGGCCGUGACAUAACCCGUCACAGUAAACAGGACCGGGACAUACCCGUCACAGUAAACAGGACCGGGACAUACCCGUCACGGUAACAGGACCGGGACAUACCCGUCACAGUAAACAGGACCGGGACAUACCCGUCACAGUAAACAGGACCGGGACAUACCCGUCACAGUAAACAGGGCCGGGACAUACCCGUCACAGUAAACAGGGCCGGGACAUACCCGUCACAGUAAACAGGACCGGGACAUACCCGUCACAGUAAACAGGACCGGGACAUACCCGUCACAGUAAACAGGACCGGGACAUACCCGUCACAGUAAACAGGACCGGGACAUAACCCGUCACAGUAAACAGGUCCGGGACAUACCCGUCACAGGUAAACAGGACCGGGACCAUACCCGUCCACAGUAAACAGGACCGGGACAUACCCGUCACAGUAAACAGGACCGGGACAUACCCGUCACAGUAAACAGGACCGGGACAUACCCGUCACAGUAAACAGGACCGGGACAUACCCGUCACGGUAACAGGACCGGGACAUACCCGUCACGGUAACAGGACCGGGACAUACCCGUCACAGUAAACAGGACCGGGACAUACCCGUCACGGUAAACAGGACCGGGACAUACCCGUCACAGUAAACAGGACCGGGACAUACCCGUCACAGUAAACAGGACCGGGACAUACCCGUCACAGUAAACAGGACCGGGACAUACCCGUCACGGUAAACAGAGAGAGAGACAGAUGUCAUUCUGGACACAGAGACUCCAUCCUCUGUAUCCUGGGAGCUGUAGGUCAGGGGUCGAACCAAACUGUUACGACCUUUAAUCCAGGAAGGAUGAAUACGAUCCUAAAAACAGCCGACAGGCCACUUGAUACCUUGAGGACAGGUCAUGGAAGAGAUGACUAGUCCAAGACUGUCUGCUAAACCCAAGGCAUGCUGAGUGAGAGACAUCCUUACAAGGAGUAACAUUAUAGACUUGGACUUAAAUAUUGUUAAAUUACAGCUCCUUUAAUAGUGAAAAUAGAUAUGAAAUGCAAUGAUAUAUUGCCGCAUUGACCCUCACUAACACUAUGCUAAACUCUGAGCCUGUCUAAUCUAUUAAUACUACCUUGAUCCUAAAAAGGGUCUGGAUCAUGUUGCUGUGAGCACGUCUGCCUAUCAAAAUAGCCCUCUGUGUGUGUGUGUGUGUGUGUGCUUGUAAAUAGCUGCAAAGGCAAACUCAGUGCAACCCCAUGCUCUGUCUUCUCUCUCUCUCUCUCUCUCUCUCUCUCCUCUCUCUCUCUCUCUCUCUCUCUCUCUCUCUCUCUCUCUAGGAGAUGAACACGUUUAGGACUUGGUGCUCCACUCUCUUUGGUUAUGACUGGGUUGGCAUUCCUCUCGUCUACACACAGGUGUGGAUAGCACGCAUGCACACACACACACACACACACACACACACACACACACACACACACACACACACACAGAAUCUGCUGCCACUGUGCUACUAUAACCCACACUGUCCUUCCAUGUCUCCUUUAAAACCCAGUGGGUUGUGACAGUGUGGAAGCCUAGGGCACGGUACCCAGUGGGUUGUAACAGUGUGGAAGCCUAGGGCAGGGUACCCAGUGGGUUGUGACAGUGUGGAAGCCUGGGGCACGGUACCCAGUGGGUUGUGACAGUGUGUAAGCCUAGGGCACGGUACCCAGUGGGUUGUGACAGUGUGGAAGCCUAGGGCAGGGUACCCAGUGGGUUGUGACAGUGUGGAAGCCUGGGGCACGGUACCCAGUGGGUUGUGACAGUGUGGAAGCCUAGGGCAGGGUACCCAGUGGGUUGUGACAGUGUGGAAGCCUAGGGCAGGGUACCCAGUGGGUUGUGACAGUGUGGAAGCCUGGGGCACGGUACCCAGUGGGUUGUGACAGUGUGGAAGCCUGGGGCACGGUACCCAGUGGGUUGUGACAGUGUGGAAGCCUAGGGCACGGUACCCAGUGGGUUGUGACAGUGUGGAAGCCUAGGGCAGGGUACCCAGUGGGCUGUGACAGUGUGGAAGCCUAGGGCACGGUACCCAGUGGGCUGUGACAGUGUGGAAGCCUGGGGCAGGGUACCCAGUGGGUUGUGACAGUGUGGAAGCCUAUGGCAGGGUACCCAGUGGGUUGUGACAGUGUGGAAGCCUGGGGCAGGGUGCCCAGUGGGUUGUGACAGUGUGGAAGCCUGGGGAAGGGUACCCAGUGGGUUGUGACAGUAUGAGCCUGGGGCAGGGUACCCAGUGGGUUGUGACAGUGUGGAAGCCUGGGGCAGGGUACCCAGUGGGUUGUGACAGUGUGGAAGCCUGGGGAAGGGUACCCAGUGGGUUGUGACAGUGUGGAGGCCUAGGGCAGGGCAUUUGAAUCAGCUGUGUAGUGCUAGGGCACCCAGGAGGGGCCCCGGGACCAAGAAUGGGAAACCCUGGCCUAGAGGAUGGCUCCCCUCUCUCCCCCUCUCCAAUCCCUCUCUCUCUCCACUCCCUUUCCCUCUCUCACCCUCUCUUCCCCCGUCUCCCCCUCUCUCCCCCUCUCUAAUCCCUCUCUCUCUCUCUACACUCCCUUUCCCUCUCUCACCCUCUCUUCCCCCUCUCCCCCGUCUCCCCCUCUCUCUCUCUCCCCCUCUCUUCCCCCGUCUCCCCUCUCUCCCCCUCUCCAAUCCCUCUCUCUCUCCACUCCCUUUCCCUCUCUCACCCUCUCUUCCCCCGUCUCCCCUCUCUCCCCCCUCUUCCCCCCCGUCUCCCCCUCUCUCCCCCUCUCCAAUCCCCCUCUCUCUCCACUCCCUUUCUCUCUCCACUCCCUUUCCCUCUCUCCCCCUCUCUUCCCCCGUCUCCCCUCUCUCCCCCCUCUCUAAUCCCUCUCUCUCUCCACUCCCUUUCCCUCUCUCACCCUCUCUUCCCCAUCUCCCCUCUCUCCCCCUCUCCACUCCUCUCCCUCUCUCCUCCCCUCUGCUCUCCCCCUCUCACCCUCUCUCCCCCCUCUCCAAUCUCUCUCCACUCCCUCUCCCUGCCUCACCCUCUCCCCCCCUCUCCACUCCCUCUCCCUCUCUUCCUUCUGCUCUCUCUCACCCUGUCUUCCCCCGUCUCCCGUCUCCCCUCUCCCCCACUCACCCUCUGCUCUCUCUCACCCCCCUUCCUCUCUCCCCACGUCUCCGCUCUCUCUCUCCCCUAGGGGCAAUAAGCCCUCUGCUCCCAUUCCUUCCCCUCAACCGGUUCCAACCAGCUGUGGCUCAUGAUGCCGUAUUGUCCCUUUCUGAUGAGCACAUCCAGGGCAGCUUACUGUUACACCACACAAUGAUUACAGAGUCAUGGAGAGUUCAGAGUAAUGGAUGGGGUAGCAGGACCUGAGGAUAGGAUGUGUUCUCUAUAGCCGUUGGCUAAUUGGAUAGCUGCCUCUAUCUCUCUGCGGUCUGUAUGAAUUGCCAGUGUGCCCUCUGGCGAGUCAGGUGACAUCUGGUGACUGUUUUCUAAGUGUUCUAAUGACCUGCCCAGGGACUGCAGUUGAAAAUUAGCCGGCUGACUACAACUGGCACUUUUACAGUAAUGUUGAUUAAGGUGCACUGUCCCUUUAAAACUACAUGUAUUAAAGUCAAGUCAAGUUUCAUGUGACGUUUGUAGACUGAUUUGUUGCUGUUCAGGCAGCAGCACUGUGAAUUAAAUGAAACCAUCGGCGUGAUCGUGAUCAGUUUUCAGAGGCUAUGUAAUCUCAGACAGUAAAUCACAUCAAUGGAAUGACUUAGUUCUCAUUGGCCAUGAGUGUCUCAGCCAACAAUGAAAAUACUCACAUGGUCACAUGGUCACAUGGUCACAUGUCAAAUAAAUCCUGUUUAUUUACAUUGUGUUUAUUAAUAUUAUGGACUUGUAAAUAGCUACAAAGACAAACUGUGGAACCAUGCUCUCUAUUUGUCUCUUUCCCCUCUCUCUCUCCCUCUCUCUUCUCUCCCUCCCCCCUCUCUCCGCCUCUCUCUUCUCUCCCUCCCCCCUCUCUCCCCCUCUCUCUUCUCUCCACCCCCCCCUCUCUCCCCCUCUCUCUUCUCUCCCUCCCCCCUCUCUCCACCUCUCUCUUCUCUCUCUCCCCCUCUCUCCCCCCUCUCUCUUCUCUCCCUCCCCCUCUCUCCCCCUCUCACUUCUCUCCCUCCCCCUCUCUCCCUCUCCCUCCCCCUCCCCCUCCCCCUCCCUCUCUCUCCCCCUCCCCUCUCUCUCUCCCCCUCCCCUCUCUUCUCUCCCUCCCCCUCUCUCCCCCUCUCUCUUCUCUCCCUCCCCCUCUCUCUCCCUCUCCCUCUCUCUCUCUCUCUCUUCUCUCCCUCUCCCUCCCCCUCCCCCUCUCCCUCCCUCUCUCUCCCCCUCCCCUCUCCUCUCUCUCCCCUCCCCCUCUCUUCUCUCCCUCCCCCUCUCUCCCCCUCUCUCUCCCCUCCCUCCCCCUCUCUCUCUUCCUCCCUCCCCCCUCCCCCUCCCCCUCUCUCCCCCUCUCUCUCUCUCCCCCUCCCCCCUCCCUCUCUCCCUCUCUCUCCCCUCCUCUCUCCCCCUCUCCCUCCCUCUCUCUCCCCCUCCCCUCCCCUCUCUCUCUCCCCUCUCCAGGUAGUAACCCUGGCUGUCUAUACCUUCAUCUUCGCCUGUAUUAUCGGUAGACAGUUCUUGGACCCAGCUCAGGGAUACCCAGGUCAUGACCAGGACCUAUACGUCCCCAUCUUCACUAUGCUGCAGUUCUUCUUCUACUCUGGCUGGCUCAAGGUGUGACGCACGCACGCACGCACGCACGCACGCACGCACGCACGCACGCACGCACGCACGCACGCACGCACGCACGCACGCACACACACACACACACACACACACACACACACACACACACACACACACACACACACACACACACACGGUUGUUAUUGUAGUCCAGCUGGCUCAAGGUCCUGUCCUCCACAAACCUCUUUACCUUUUGGUUUCAACCAGGGAAAUUAGAUCCUGGUCCUCAUAUCACAGUGCUGUGAAUAACAAUGUGGGGUUGUGAUCUUAUUAUGAAUGUCUUGUGAGAGGGGAUGUGGGGUUGUGAUGUUAUUAUGAAUGUCUUGUGAGAGGGGAUGUGGGGUUGUGAUGUUAUUAUGAAUGUCUUGUGAGAGGGGAUGUGGGGUUGUGAUGUUAUUAUGAAUGUCUUGUGAGAGGGGAUGUGGGGUUGUGAUGUUAUUAUGAAUGUCUUGUGAGAGGGGAUGUGGGGUUGUGAUGUUAUUAUGAAUGUCUUGUGAGAGGGGAUGUGGGGUUGUGAUGUUAUUAUGAAUGUCUUGUGAGAGGGGAUGUGGGGUUGUGAUCUUAUUAUGAAUGUCUUGUGAGAGGGGAUGUGGGGUUGUGAUCUUAUUAUGAAUGUCUUGUGAGAGGGGAUGUGGGGUUGUGAUGUUAUUAUGAAUGUCUUGUGAGAGGGGAUGUGGGGUUGUGAUGUUAUUAUGAAUGUCUUGUGAGAGGGGAUGUGGGGUUGUGAUGUUAUUAUGAAUGUCUUGUGAGAGGGGAUGUGGGGUUGUGAUGUUAUUAUGAAUGUCUUGUGAGAGGGGAUGUGGGGUUGUGAUGUUAUUAUGAAUGUCUUGUGAGAGGGGAUGUGGGGUUGUAAUGUUAUUAUGAAUGUCUUGUGAGAGGGGAUGUGGGGUUGUGAUGUUAUUAUGAAUGUCUUGUGAGAGGGGAUGUGGGGUUGUGAUGUUAUUAUGAAUGUCUUGUGAGAGGGGAUGUGGGGUUGUGAUGUUAUUAUGAAUGUCUUGUGAGAGGGGAUGUGGGGUUGUGAUGUUAUUAUGAAUGUCUUGUGAGAGGGGAUGUGGGGUUGUGAUGUUAUUAUGAAUGUCUUGUGAGAGGGGAUGUGGGGUUGUGAUGUUAUUAUGAAUGUCUUGUGAGAGGGGAUGUGGGGUUGCAGGGUGUUGUCUGCACAGCUGCUGCACAAUGUCUGACAAUCAAUUUCAUUGGAUGAAAAUGGGUUUUUGUAAGGAGUUGAAGUAUGGAACCCAAAUUCUGUAGACAGUAAGAUUAUCUAUGCCUUGUUUUGUGGAUUUCAUUUGUCAACCAAUGUUGUAAUCCCUGGUGUCACAUGAUUGCCUGUUGUAUGCUAUCACUUCCUUAUCAAUACAUAUUUCUGGGAUAAUGAACAGUGAUGUGAGAGAUCCUUCUCAUUCAGGUUGCUGAGCAGCUCAUUAAUCCAUUUGGGGAGGAUGAUGAUGAUUUUGAGGCUAACUGGUGUAUCGACAGAAAUCUGCAGGUUAGUUUCAAUCAAUCAAUCAAUCAAUCAAUCAAUCAACCAAACAUUUGUUGCAAAGUGCCUUACAGUAACCCAGCCUAGUUCUCAUGUCUUUCCCAAGCCAAUAUCAUUGAUUGACAUGUCAUUUGUGCCAAUCAGUCAUUCAGUCAAUAAAUCUGUGUCUCAGGUGUCGUUGAUUGCGGUGGAUGAGAUGCAUAUGAACUUCCCUCCAAUGACGAAAGACAUUUACUGGAACGACUCUGACGCUCUGCCUCCUUACACCCUGGCCGCUGCCGACUACUGUAUACCCUCAUUCCUAGGAUCCACCAGAGAGUUGGAGUGAGGACAUGAGAACACGACACACCCUUGCACACACACACACACACUACACACACGCUGCACACACACACACUACACACACGCUGUACACACACACACACGACACACCCUUGCACACACACACACACUACACACACGCUGUACACACAAAUGUAUACUCAAGUCCUACGCAUGCAAGGACACGCGUGUAAAAACAAACUCCCAUCUCUUCUCAGCUAGAUAUCUGAAUGAGAGGAGAUGGAGAAGAGGGCAUGACUAGAGAGGAUACAGCUUAUGUGUCAAAUUGACACGUUUUAUCUAACCCUAACCCUUUUCCCAGUCUCGUGUUGCCAUAACCUAAUUCUCCUAACCUGCUAUGAAAAGUAAAUUCUGGUCUAUUCUGUCAUAAACUGUAUACUAUCUAGUCAAAACCGUUAUUAUUCACUGUAAUAUCCAUAAACUGUAUAUUAUCUAGUCAAAACCGUUAUUAUUCACUGUAAUAUCCAUUAACUGUAUACUAUCUAGUCAAAACCAUUAUUAUUCACUGUAAUAUCCAUAAGCUGGAUACUAUCUAGUCAAAACCAUUAUUAUUCACUGUAAUAUCCAUAAACUGUAUACUAUUUAGUCUAACGUAUUCACUGUAAUAUCCAUAAACUGUAUACUAUCUAGUCUAACGUAUUCACUGUAAUAUCCAUAAACUGUAUACUAUCUAGUCAAAACCGUUAUUAUUCACUGUAAUAUCCAUAAACUGUAUACUAUCUAGUCUAACGUCUUCACUGUAAUAUCCAUAAACUGUAUACUAUUUAGUCUAACGUAUUCACUCUAAUAUCCAUAAACUGUAUACUAUCUAGUCAAAACGUAUUAUUCACUGUAAUAUCCAUAAGCUGUAUACUAUCUAGUCUAAUGUAUUCUCUGUAAUAUCCUCUAUCUCCCCAUCUAUCUUUCAGUCUAUCGGGCAUUCUGCAGUUCGAAGAGGCAGACAAAAUGGGCAUUCACAGACAGGACAGCCACAACGGCAAUCACAACUUCCGUCUGGGUCGUAAAACGUCUGUCAUGGGGCACAUGCGGAGGCUACUCAGCGUUCAGGAUCCCCCAGAGCUCGUCCGUCCUCGGCCCUCCUUCAAACGUCACAGCAGUGAAGCCUUCUUCCCCUACAGACCUGACUCAUGUGGCUACCCUGGAUCAGACGACCAGGCUCCCCCAGGACCGGAUCCCUCUCUGUUCCCCAGACCCAACCUCUUUAACUCCCACAACCCCCUCUCGCCCAACCACUCUCUGGAUACGCUACGGGAGGUUAGUAGUACCCAUUCUUCCUUGGACACUGAGCCCCGUACGCCGUCCUUCCCAGAACUGCCUCAAUGGGUGGUAACUCCACCUGCUCUUUCAGGUGAUCAUGGGAAUAGUGGUUAUGGGGGUGAUGGAGGGACGUGUGGUGCAUUAUCUGGGGCUCCACAACCCCUGAAUCAUAUACAGGCCUUCUGUCCACAGACAGGGCAUGAGCAGGCCUCAAGUAAGCCAGGGACUCCAGUAGAUCUGUCCCCCAUUGUGGAGGCUCUGGGCCUGAAUGCUAAUCAGGGCUACAGCUCUACCCAGCCGGGUCCCAAGAACUGUCGCUGGAAUGUCCCCAAAGACUGGUGUAAGCCACGGCGACGUCAGCUGUCCUUCCAGUUCUCCAGACAGGGCUCGAAGAGCUCCCUGCACAGCCUGCCCAGUCCUAAGGGCCUAGGGAGGAAGAGAGGCCUAAACGCUUCCACAGCCCUCCACUUUCCUGCUGAGCCUGCCCAGUUCCAAGCACUGCAAGUCCCAGAGACAGACAUUCUGGAGUCCAAUGGUCAGGAGAGUGACAAGAAGGACACCAAUGACAGCUAAGAGAACAAGGACAAGUCACAAUCAGGGAACUCGUAAUAUUCUCCUCACAUACAGUACAUAUCAACCUGCUGUGCCCUAAUAUGGGUGUAUCCAUAGAAUGAGUGAUUUAAUAGGAUCUCUAAGGGUGUACCCAGCAUUAUUAUUAGACACACUAAUAAACACCAUAAUAAAUGCCUUAAUAAUGGUCCCAACCUGUCGUGCCUUUCUAAGUAUAGACAAUGAGGCUUCUUUAAUAAUAUAUUACUAUGCUGCUGUUUUAAUAAUAUAUUAUC